GUGGGCAGAAAUCCCGCCCGGCCAAGGCUUUGCGGAGCGAGGUGGCGAGCACAGCGCCUUCUCAACCCUCACGCCUCUGUCGCCCUCGCUCCCCCUCCGUUCCUCGCGGCUCGGCUCGAAGGGGAUGCAGCGCAGCGCAACCCAGCCCAGCCCGGCCCGGGCCACCUUUAAAACCGGCGGCGGCGACGAGGUAGGGCCGGGCCGACGGGGCGGUGCCCGCCGCUGUAACCAAUGGUUCGGCCGGGCUGUUUAAAUAGACUCGUCCUGUCAAUCACUUUCUUCUUCGUCAGCCUCAGUUCAAUCGCCAUCUUGUGGCUCGUCUCCCCUUGUUUUUUUUCCGUCUCGCUUUUACUACGCGGCGGCGGUACGAGCGGCGGGGGCAUUACCACCAACACUGGUACCAUCAGCACCGGCAGGACCGGCGGGGCAGCGCGGAGCCGGGGCCGCGGAGGGCAGCGCCGCUUCCCCCGCGCACCGCUCCUCCACCCGCCCGGGGCUCCCCGGCGGCGGCAGCGGCGGCUCUCGGGGCUCAUCCUCGGGCCGGCGCUUAUGCGAGGGAGCCUCCUCGCCCCUUCUCCGAGGGCGAGCGAGGCCGGAGAGCGGGAUAUCGCGGAGAGGAGGCGCCGAGGAGAGCCGCCGAGCGCCGAGAAAUAAAAAGGCGGAGAGGAGGAGGAGGAGGCAGCGGCUGGUGGGGGGGAGAGCAGCGAGCAAAACAACCGCCACCAGAAGAAAGAGGGGUGGGGGGAGAUGUCAAACGUCCGUAUUUCUAAUGGGAGCCCUACCUUGGAGCGCAUGGAAGCCAGGCAGUCGGACUACCCGAAGCCGUCAGCUUGUAGGAACCUCUUCGGGCCGGUGAAUCACGAAGAAUUAAACAGGGACUUGAAGAAGCACCUCCAGGAGAUGGAGGAGGCUUGCCAAAGGAAAUGGAAUUUCGAUUUCCAGAAUCAUAAGCCGCUGGAAGGCAGGUACGAGUGGCAAGCCGUGGAGAAGGGGAGCUCGCCCGACUUCUACUUCAGACCCCCCAGGCUACUGAAAGCUGUCUGCAAGUCCGCUGGCCGCCAGAGCUUGGAUGUAAACGGGAAUUGCCAAACGGUGGUUUUUGUCGGUUCUCAGGGAAUCUCAGAGGACACUCACUGUGUAGAUCAAAAGACUGAUGUUUCUGAAAAGCAGACGGACUUUGCAGAGCAGUGCACUGGGCAGAGGAAAAGACCUGCCACCGAUGAUUCCUCUCCUAAAAAUAAAAGAGCCAACACAACAGAAGAAGAGGUUUCAGAAGACUCCCCCAGUGCCAGUUCAGUGGAGCAAACGCCCAAGAAAUCAAGCCCAAGAAGACAUCAAACGUAAACCGUUUAGAGCGGAGGAUGUGCGCGGCCUCGUUCAUCGGGUGCGGCGGGGGGGUGGGGGGGAAAGGGGGCGAUGAAGCGAGGAAGAUGUAAAGUUGUAGUGGAAACGAGAAUACAUAUCGCCGAUCUCCGUGGGAUGGGAGAUACUGUACAAGCACUGAAAACAAAACAAAACAACACAACGGCAGCAAAACAAAAAAUAACAACAACAACAAACCGCGCAAACAAUAACACUAAAAUUUUAGGCUCUCUUAAAAGACCUGCCUCUAAAAGCAUUGGAUGUAGCAUUGUGCAAUUAGGUGUUUCCUUAUUUGCUUCAUUGUACUACCUGUGUAUAUAGUUUUUACCUUAUGUAGCACAUAAACUUUGUCGGGAGGGGGAGGGAGUGGAAGAGGGUGACCGAUCAGAACUUGCUUUCAAGAUGUAGCAAGCAAAGAAAUGUAUGAAGAGAAGCAGUGUAGGUUUUUUAUUACUUAAAGAUGUAUUGUCCCUUUGAGUGGGUCUGCUGUGUUUUUGUCCCCCCACCUUUUUUUUUUUUUUUUUUUUAAUGCAAAAAAAAUCUUUUUAAAAUGCACCAUCGUGGUAGCCCUGCUCAGAGCAGGUUAUUACAGGCUGCUUGUGAAAUUUCUUCCAACUGCAUUAAACUGAAGAGAUGGGAGCUGUGAUUAAUCCGUUACGUAGUAGCAAAACUUGUGUCAUUCCCCCCCCUCUUCAAGUCCGUAUUGGAAAUAUGAGUACCUCUUAAAGUCAUGUAAAAUCAUCCUGUAGUUCCAUUGCCUGGUUUCCUGAUAUGGGGUUGUUUGCUUGUUUGGUUUUGUGGGGUUUUGGGUUUUUUUAUUUUUUUUAAAUUUUUUUCGGUUUUGAGUUUUGGUUUCUGAUUUUUAAAAAAAAUUUUUUUUAAACUAAUCUGCAGGGCUUUUGCUCUGAAUCUCGAUUAUUGUUGUUUUCUGAUUUGACCCACUUCCCAAAAUGUUUGUGUGUGAGGGAAAAGGGAUACUACAUCUUUAAACAGUAUUUCUACAUUGCCUGUGUACCUGUAUGUAAAAAUAAAAAAAAAAAAGUUUGAAGUGUACCUGUGUACAUAACUCUGUAAAGACACUGAGAAAUUAUACUAACUUAUUUAUGUUUAAAAGAUUUUUUUUUUAAUCUAGAAGACAAUAUUUUUCCCCAUAAAGCCAAAGUGGCAUGUUUUUCUGCAUUUGUAAAUGCUCUACUUGGUAGACUUUUUAGGAUUUUUUUUGUUGGUUUUCUUUUUUUUUAUGUUUUUUUUUUCCUGAUAAUUAAUAUGGCUGUGCUUAAAGGAUUGCAGACUGAGCCAAUUUAAUAUUUUUUUUGUAAUGUGUGGGAAAAAAAAAAAUCCAGAUUGAUAUUGUUUCACAUCAAGCAAUCAAUAAAGAAAACUGCCAUAUAUAA